GUCGUUGUCGUUGUCUUCGUCUUGGUCUUGUUGUUGCGUGUUUUUGAAAGGAAGAAGGAAUGUGUGUUUGUAAUGUCAAUGUAGUUGUUUCAUCUUUGAUAUAACGUCAAUAAAUUUUAAUUAUUUCAUCUCCUUCAAUCAAUAUCAACUGAUAAGAAGUUAUAGGUCUACCACUAUAAAAAGAACCUGCGCAGAACCACGGCUGUCUCGCGCACGUAGGGGUGAUGGCGGGGAAGGGCCUGGAGUGGUGGUGGGGAUAAGUCGUUGGCGAGGGGCGAAGUGUCUUUCCCCACCACACUGACUCUUCUACCUGCGUUCGACUCAAACAGGUACCCCAAGAGAUGGAUAUCAAUAUUCCAAAACUAAAUCAUCAUGAACAGCAGGAACUGUGCUCGACUAGACCAAGUUAUAGACAAGGAAGAAAAUUAACAGCUGUUAAGGUGUACACGGUGAGCGAUGAGUCAACACAUCUACUUGUCAGUCGAGUGCCGGCCCUCCAGCUGCACUCAGAGUUGAGUGCCCUAUGCAGCCGCUUCGGGACAGUCACUUGCUGUGUGUUGGUGCCGGGGUACGAUGGUGAUGAAGCGUUCACAGAGACUUACCACGUCCAGUACGCCAGACUACAGUCUGCCAGGUUUGCCAAGAGGCAGCUAGACACAAGGUCUUUCUUUGGAGGAGUGUUGCAUGUGUGUUACGCUCCGGAGUUGGAAACUGUACUGGAGACGAGGAACAAACUUGUGCUGCGGAGGAAGGAGGUGGCUUCUAGAGUGAGGAAGAAGGCAUCAACUAACGGAGCUUUGAAUUCGAAAAAUGGAGAUUCAGUUGCAGCUACACAACCCCAAAAGACUUCAACAUCAAAUUUCCCUGUAGUUCAUCCUGCUCAGCCAACUCAGGAGGUUGCAUAUGAUCAAGGUAACUCAAAUCCUCAGGGAACUUCUCAAAGCUUUUAUCAGCCUCCAGCCCUCGUGGAACCUCAUGGUAACUCUUCUCAUCAAACUUGGCUCAAUCCUGCAGCGCAAGGUUUACCAACCCAUCUUCCACCGCAAGUUAUGUUCAGCUAUAAACAACCAUUUUCACAAAUCCCCCCCUUUCUUUCACCUCAGUCAUUGCCCAUCGAUUCUGGACCAAAUAUUCCAAACCUUCUUCCAACUUCAGCUUUAUCUGUUGACCUACCUUCAAAAACAUCAAACAGCCUUCCUAUUGCAAAAACUCUCAAAUUUAUUCCUCGUCAAGUAUCCGUUAAAAAACAAAUUAUCUUUCAUAGAAAAUCUUAAUGAAUAAAAUAUUU